AUGAAUUGUUAUAAGAAAGAAAUCACAAAAAAUUGGUUAUUUUAAGAAGAAAAAUAUAUAGAAAAUAUAGCUGGUGCUUUUGAAGUAAUAAAAUUGCAUGAAGAAAGAUAAGUAUAAGCUGGAAAUGCUCGUUAAAAACUUACAGAGAAGCUCUAAAAAUAUAUAGAUGAAGAUCCAGAAGAUUUACCUCCACAUAUUGCAUCUUAACAUGUUUUAUCACUUGAUGAAUAAUUAUUAGAUUAUCCAUGUUAUAAAAAAGGUGGUAUGUUUGGAUCUGUAACAUAAAGAUAGUGUUAAUUGUAAAAGACAACUCUUGGAUAAUCUAAGAAAGGUAAUGUAAUAACUAAAACUUUCGGUGAUAUUAAACUAAUAGAAAUUCAACAUGUUGAAGAUGCAACAAAAGAUUUUAAAUGGGAUGUUAAUUAUCAAAAAUUUCCUGCAAGACUUAUGUUUAAUUUUAUAAAACAUUCUCCAGUAUGGAUAUAUUUUAAAGAUGAUGAAGAAGCUUAAAAGUUUUAUGAUUAUUUUAGGUGUCAUCUAGCAAUGACUAAAAUUUAAAAAUUACCUAUAAUAAUUCAAGAAUCUACAUCACUGGUUAAAGAAAAUUAUUUUUCAUUAUUUGCACAUAAAUUAGAGACAUACUCAAUUCAUGUAAUUUAAUAAAGAAAAAAAGCUGCUAAAUUAGGUAAAGAUGAAGCUAAAUUCUUAAUGGAUAUUGAUAUUAAAAUUAUAAGGAAUAUUUUACAAAAGAAAUGGUUAGCUAAAAGUGUUUAAUUUUUUAAAAGAGAAGAGAGAAUGAAUUAAAUGGCUGAAGAAGAAAGAAAUAAAUUAGAUUAGAUUCGUUAAUAAGAUGAGAACAAAAAAAUGAAAUGGCGUUAAUUUUUAGGAUCUAAAUCAGUAUUAAAUGUAGAAUUAGCAGAUUGGUUAAGACCUAUGAUGGCAGAUUGGUUGGAAAAAAGUGAAGAAAUAUAAAACACAUAAAAAGUUAGAGAAUUAAUAUUUACUAUUCUUAUUAAAUCAAUAAAUAUUGGAGAUGGAAUUAAAUUAAUUAAACCAACAAUUUUUGCAGAAUUACAAUCUGUUGAAUAGGAUUCUAAAUUAACUAUGGAAGCAUUUUUAGGAUAAUAAAAGACAGAUCAUUUUUAUAAUUGGUUAUUGCGAGAAUAAAAUUUUGAAAAUAAAAUAGUUGGUAAAUAAUAAGAGAGAAAACCUUGCACAUUCAUAAUUUCAAAUAUAAAUAAUCAAGAUCAAUUUUCAAUAUAAUUUAAAGAUAUGGUUAAUGCUUUUUAUGAUACAGCAACUAUUCCUUUUAAAAUUAUUGUUAAAGAAUUACUCUAAUAAUCUUAGUAAGGAAGAUCAAUAUGGAUACCUUUAAAAUUAGUGUAAACGAAUUCAUUAAAAACAGAAACUAAAGAGAGUAUUAUAUAUGUAGAAAUUGAUAUACAUGUUAAACCUUCAAUUAUGAUGCAUAAUCCAAAAUCAUAUGAAGAAGAAUUAGAAUAUAUUGUUGAACAUAGUCUUGCUUUUUCAGAUCCAAUAUAUUUGAGUACUAUUUAAAUUCCAAAAAUGAAUAAAGAUAUCAUGAAAUUUAUUCUAAUCACAUUAGAAGAAAGUAAUAUUUGUAUGAAAUAAAGCAUGUAGAUGCUGAGUUAUAUUUUAUUCUUAUAAUAAAAGAAUCCAGAAACUCUUAAUAAAUAAAUGUAACAAUUAUAAAUGGUAUUCAUUCGAAAGGUUAUAUUGAAUUUAUGCCAUAAUUUUGGAUUAAUGGAAAAACAAAUAAAAUAAUAUGAAUUGGUUUCAUAUCGUUUAGAAUCAAUGAAUUUCUAUAAUAUCAAGAAUCCUCAAGUAUAGGAAUUAGUUAAUGGACUCUUUUUAAUGGGUAUACCUUAUUAUCUAAGAAAUAAGUUAUGGUUUUAAUUAUUGUAAAUAUCUUUUGAUCCUAUUAAAAAAAUAUUAAGUGAAAAUUAUAAAAUUAAUCUAGAAAGAGAGGAUGGUUUCAAUGAAAGUGUUUCUCUUUAUUUAAAAUUAUCAUCAUUAAAAUAACAUUUAAAAAAAACUUUGAUUUAAUAAAUUGACAUUUAUUUGAGACAAGAGGAUAGUAGAAAAGGAUUUGGAAAUGAACAAUUUUAUCAUUAAUUAAAGAAUCUUUUAAUUUGUUUCUUGUUAUAUCAAGGAAAUUAAGGAUUAAUACCAAAUUAGAUCUAUAUCCAUCAUUUAUUUACUUUAGCUAAAAAAAUGUUAGCUAUGUAAAUUUAUUAUCAUGUCAGAUACAAUGAAUAUACUGAAUUUGGUAAUGAAACUAAAUAAACUCCUUCUGAUUUAAUCAAUGAGAGUAGAGCCUUUUGGCUUUUAGUUGGUUUUCAUAAUUAAGUUUUAAUUGAUUAUCCAUUAUAUGAAGAUUAAACUUUAUAAAAUCGAUUAUUCUUAGAAUAAUGUGCUAAAUUAAGAGUUUAUCUAAAUAAAAAACAUUAGGAUUUAUUUAAUAAAAUGUUUUUAUAUGGAAUUGAAGUGGAAAAUGAAUUAUAUGAAUUAUUUUUCAAUCUUUUUUCUGAUGUAUUACCUUCAGAAACUUUAUAUAGAUCAUGGGAUCUAAUUAUUUAUUAAUAAUAACAAUCUAUUAAAGCAACCUCAGAAAGAGGAAAUAUUAUUAUUUCAAUAACUGCUGCUCUUUUAUUAAGAGUGCAUAAAAAAAUUAAUAAUAUUUCAAAUCAUCUAGCUUUCUUGGCAGCAAUUAAAGUAGAAGCAAUGUUAAUUAAUGAUGUUACUGAAUUUCUAACUGAAGUAUUAUAAGUUUAGAAAGAAUUAAAUUUAGCUGUACAAAUUGAAUAUUAAGAAGAAGGACCUCCAAAAUUAGAACCAUAAGUAGAAUAUAAAAGUAAAAAUAUUUCAUAUCAUUAUUACCUUUAGUUAAAUCAGAUUAUAGAAUUUUCGAUGUUUUAGAUGAAAAACAUCCCAAAGGUUCAUAAUAAAUGCAAGUGUAUUAGUAUUUAAAUUUUAUUGAUUUUUGA